GCUGAAAGCUGUAGAUCUAUUCUUCUAUCAUUGAUCGCUAUGGUUGUCUCUGUCCUUAUCGUCUGCCUAGGCAACAUUUGCCGUUCACCCAUGGGCGAGGCUGUUCUCAAGGAGGUUGCAUCAAAGAGAGGAUUGGAUAUCACUGUGGACAGCGCUGGUACCGCUGGAUAUCAUGUUGGCGAAGACCCAGACGAGAGAACAAUCGCAACCUGUAGAAAGUUCAAAGUUCCCAUUAAUCAUUCUUCCCGUCAAGUCAACAAAGCGGAUUUCACUCGUUUUUCGUACAUUCUUGCUGCUGACGAGUCAAACCUCCGCAACCUGGAUAGCAUAAAGCCCCGUGAUGCAACAGCCGAUGUAAAGCUGUGGGGAUCAUACCUUGACAAUAAACCUAUAGCAGAUCCUUACUAUGAUAGUAUCGGUGGAUUCGAAGCGUGUUAUCAUCAAUGCGUAAACCUUUCCAACGCAUUCCUGGAUAAGAUUGCCGCUAAAGAAUGAUCAAGCACACUAUCGUUCAAGGAGCCUUAGAGCAUAAAUGAUAGUUUUUGUAUCGAAGUUGACCAGUCACCUCGUUUCAGCGAU